CACGCUCAGUUUUCGACAAACGCUCAACGGAAACGGUUAUAAUUACUUCUGGGCGACACUUUCGAUUGUUAAAGUGCCGAAACAGCCGCGGCGCGCUCGUGCAACCAUUAAAAUACGAAACGACCGAAAAAAACUACAAUAACUUUUGCCACAUCCGGUAGCGAUACAAUGUGGCCCUAAGAUGGACAGCAAUUACUGGAAGCCAGCGCUCAAGAUCUACGGACUCAUCCUGCUGCUGCUGUCCGCAUGGGCCCAGGCGCAGACGGAUCUGCCGAGUUCCGCCUUCGACGAUCAGGAGUUGUCCGACAAGGUGGAAAUCAAUGUGGUAUCGACGGCCUAUACGCUCAGCUUCAGCAUCGCUGGGGGGGACACGGACUAUGCCAUCGAGGGCAUCACCUGCCGCAACGGGAGCGGGAAGGAGACCAAGGCGAACGAGGCCAAUGUGUGCGAGAAUCUCGAUCCCUGCACCUUCUACACGUGUGUGGUCGCGCUGCGGGCCACCGACACCAAGCCGCCGACCCCUGACCAGACGAUCUACGCCUACACCGAGUACAAAGAGCCCAGGACGGAUGUGACCGACGUGCUGGCCACCGCCAACACCAUCAAAAUCAGCUGGGAGACGAGCGACCGCGCCUGUGUCGAGGCCUUCCAAAUCACCGCCAAGGCUGCCGAGUACUCCUACACGACGCAGCAGCUGAACGAGAAGAGCACCUACACUUUCAGGGACGACGUGCAUGCCUGCCUGACCCACACCUUGACCCUGGAGACGCGCAACAAUGCCAGUGUCGUGGUGGACACGGACACGAACGAGGUGGAGACGCUGUACUCGGAGCCGGGCGACCUCUCCAUGAACAUCACGAACCUGGCCAACGGCAUCACGGUCAUCAGGUGGGCCGAUCCCACCGAAAAGCACUGCAUCUCCAACUACAUUUUCAAGUGGAAGCGAGACGACUGCGAGCAGGAGGCGGAGCAGCAGACAACCACGGAUCUGCCCAGCACCAUGACCACUCUCAAUACGGACUAUGACAUGGAGACAAGCGACCCGGAGCCAGAGCCGGAGCCGGAACCGGAACCGGAUCCAGCAGAGCCACCCGACAGUGGGAACAGGGUUGAGUGCGAGUGGAGCGACAGUUCCGCGGACUCCAAGCUGAGGGAGUACCUGUUGACCGAUCUGCAGGGAUGCGAGCCGCAUACCUUCGAGAUCUACAUCAACCAGAACGACACCUCCAAGGCAUCCCAGCAGUUUGAGUCCGCCGAAAAGAUGGCCAGCGCUGUCUUCGAGCCCGUUUACAGCAUGAAUGCGACGGAACUGCACUGGAUGUGGUCCGAGCCCCACGAUCAUCCCAAGUGUGUGGCCAACUACAGUGUGCAGCUGACGGGACCCAUGCAGCGACUCAGCGAGACACUUGAGGUGCGCACUGCGGACAGGGUGGCAGUCUUCGAGAACCUGGAUCCGUGUGGCGUCUAUGUGGUGGAAAUCGUGCCGGUGAUGCUAAACGGUAGCUCCGGUGCCAUGUACCAGGCCGAGACGACCGUCAGCGAAGAUCAGCCCUCGCAGAUCCUGGAGCCCGUCGUCCUGCCCGGCUCCUACUCUCUGGAGAUUAGCUGGCUGACCCCCGCAUAUGCGGACUUGUGCAUCGACGGCUACCGCCUCUCCGGCUGGAUGGAGGACAACAAAGAGGUGCUCAGUGCGAGCACCAAGAACACAUCCGUGACCUUCAACGAUGGCCUGCUGGCCUGCCAGGCGUACACCAUACAGAUCAUACCCUACACCCGGGAGAACCUGGACGGCGAUCUGCGCCAAGUGGAGGUGGAGACAAGGGCGGCCGUCGUGAACUCUGAUAGGAUCACGCUGCAGAUGGGCACCAACGGAGCCGGCUCGCACAGCCUCACACUGAUAGCCAACAACCAGGACUACAACAACACCUGCCAGACGAUCUUCGCCUUCUUCAACUGCAGCACCACGUCCCAGGUGCGCCACACCUAUGCGGAGCGGUACGUGGAGGGGUACACAAAGACAGGCUUCCAGGCGCAGAUCAGCCCACUCUCGCCGAACACCGCCUACUUUUGCGACGUGAUGCUGUACAAUGUGGCAGGAUCCUCGAAACUUCGGCGCACCCUGGAGAACACGCAGACGCAGAAGUACUUUCCCGAACAGCCCGAGAACGUGACCUUCGAGCAGAGCAGCGUGCAGAGCCUGCAGUUCACGUGGAAACCGCCCACCUAUCUGAAUGGCCCCAUCAAGUACUACCAGACCUUCCUGAUGCGGCACAAGCCCGACUACGAUGUGCCCGAGGACUGUGCCGAAAUCAGCGAGAAUCCAAAGUCGGAGGCCAAGGGCGAUCUGAGUGUCAACUUCACCGAACUGGCGCCGGGCGUUCGCUACAUGAUGCAGGUGGCUGCCCAGAAUGAUUUCGGCAUGGGAGAGUAUACCGCGCCGAUUAUUGGGAUCACGCUGCCCACGGUCUCUGAGAGGGUCACCAAACUGACCGUCAAUCCCAUGGGUCCGUCGCUGGAGCCUGCAGACAGCUACAACGCCAAUGCGACCAUCACCUGGACGUCGCCCUGCAAGUCCAACGGGAGGAUCGAGGCGUUCAUCCUUGACUUCACUGGGGAGCGGGCCGCACACGAGAGAGUCGAGUUCCAGCGCAUCGUGGAGCCGAACAGGACGGACCGCAAGGGACGCAUGUCCUGGACGGAGACGGAAAUGAAGCCGGAAUACGACUACACAGUGAAUGUGGCCGUGAAGAACGUGGAUGUGGACACCCUCAGCGACAGCGUAGUGUCCCAGUGGCAGUCUCCAGCUGGUCUUCCGGCUCGCCUGGGCAAUGAAGUUGUGGGCCAAAUGCGGGUCAGCCCGAACGAGACAAGUCACCCAACGCGAUCGGCCAUCGUGCGCCUGCCUGCGGAUAUCCAGAGCUCCGAGUCGGGCAACAUCACCUACAUCGCCUUGCUGCUCUCGCAGAAGAGCUGUGCCGAAACGCCGGAGCUGGGCUCCGCCCUGGUAAACGCCGCCUCGGCAUGGCCAGACGUGCAGUCCUAUGAGACGGCAGGCGGAGACGGCAUGACGGGCUGCGUCUAUCAGUACCAGACGACGGAAGAACGCUGGAACCCGGACACAGUCGCCAGGGAAAGGGGCUCUGGCAACGAAAUCGUCUUCACCAUCGGCGAGGACAAGUGCCCGAAUGGCAAGCGCUACUGCAAUGGGCCGCUCAUGGCGGACACGCAGUACCACAUGGUGGUGCGACUGUUCACCAAGUCGGGCUACCGCGACGCCGCUCUGCUGGAGUUCAAGACGGAUGCGGCCAUCAAGGUGACACUGAUCCUGAUCAGCGUCUGCUCCUGCCUGCUGCUGGCCUUUGUGCUGGGACUCGCUGUGCUGUGGGUGCGCAAGCGUUUAGCGUGGCAUCGCGACUCUGGCCAGGGCAUUGAGGACCCCUUUGGCAAUGUGAUAGCCAAGAACUUUGCCAUUUUCUACGCAGAGGUGGCCAAGCCGGAGAAGCUGGCCCGCGAGUUCAAGGAGAUAACCGUCGUGGCCCUGGAGCUGAGCUACUCGGCCUCCGAGCUGGGCUGCCACAAGAAUCGCUAUGCGGACAUAUAUCCUUACGACAAGAACCGCGUUAUCCUGGACAUAGAUGCGGAGGGAUCGGACUAUAUCAAUGCCUCAUUCAUAGACGGACACACCCGCAAGAAGGAGUACAUUGCCACCCAGGGACCAAAGCCGGAGAGCCUCAUGGACUUUUGGCGCAUGAUUCUCCAACACAAUGUGCGAGUCAUUGUCCAGGUGACCCAACUGCGCGAGGGCAAUACGAUAAAGUGCCACGAGUACUUCCCGUACAACAUGCGCGGACUGACGGUGACCGUCAAGUCCAAGGAGAACUUUGAGCUCUACGAUCGGACCGAGCUAUCGGUGGUGCACGACAAGUACGGUCUGAAGGAGAAGGUUGUUCACUUCUACUUUAAGAAGUGGCCCGAUCACGGCUGCCCCGAGGAUCCCAUGCACCUCAUCGCCUUCGUAAAGAAGGUCAAGUCAGAGCGGCGGCCCAGCUACUCACCCAUCGUCGUCCAUUGCAGCGCGGGCGUGGGCAGGACCGGGACCUUCAUUGGACUCGACUUGAUUAUGCAGCGCUUGAAGAGCGAGUCGAAAAUCAAUAUAUUUGAAACGGUCAAGAAGCUGCGCUUCCAGCGCAUGAAAAUGGUGCAGACGCAGCAGCAGUACACAUUCCUCUAUGCCUGCACCUACGAGCUGGUGAAGCACAAGAUUCCGCGGGCCGCACUCAAGCUAGAGGGGCGCCCGAAGCCUGCCGCGGCGGCCAAAAAGGUGAGCUUCCCCGAGGUGGCUGCUGGCUAUGUAGUUCCCUUUGCAGCGGGCGCAGAUCCAGAGAGCGGUGUACCCACCUUGCAGCUACCCGCUCGUUUCUCUGGCCAGCAGAGGAACAGCGACGACAGCACCACGAACAGCAGCAGCAUUAUGUGACCUCAAAGUGAUCGUCGUUUGUGUAUUUAUUGUAAUUGUAUUAAACAAGUAUAACUUAGCAGCAA